CUCUACAUCCAAUAAUUGUCCUGCGAGGUUGAGUCAGGGGCAAGGCAGUUGAAAUAUUCAUAGUCUCCUCUGGGAUUCUGUUGAGUGGCCCAUUCACUCCGUCCGCUCCAAGCUGCUGCAAGGAAAUUGCUGGUUUUCUCCAACUGAUACACCCAGAGGCGAUGUGAGCACGGUGCAGCUCCGGCAUAUAAAAGCAGCCAGCCGCAGUCAGAGUCACAGAGGACAUGCUUGUGCAAUGUUACAGGGAGGCUGCUUGUUCUGAGAGCAAUCAGAGAGGAGUUUCCACACAGCCUUAGUUUCAUAAUGUGGAAACACUUCAGGUGAAGAAGUCCUCUUUCUCUGAGAGAACAACUGCUCAAACCUGGAUUUAUUUAUUUUAGGUAGCUUCAGUUAUGACUAAUUGUCAAAAUCAACCUAGUCAUGUCCAUGGAUUUCUUAUUUCAAAGCACCUUCUCAGACAAAGGAACCACAUCAGGCCCGGAGCCCAGCAGUGAUGUUGGCAAUGCAGCACUACAACACCUCGGGCAUUAUUGCCUCCUUUCCCCUCUCUAACCACACCACCAUGGUGCAGGAGCCUGAGGUGGCAGCCGUAACCCAUAAUACCACCCGUCCACUGAGCACUCCCGCAGCUGCUGGCAUCUCCAUGACUCUGGGCAUUGUGUUCAAUGUGGUGGCCCUCGUCAUUCUUGCCAAGGCUUACAACCGCUUCCGUAGACGCUCAAAGGCCACUUUCCUGCUCUUUGCCAGCUCCCUGGUGGCUACUGACCUGGCUGGACAUGUUAUCCCCGGAGCCCUCGUGCUGAGAAGAUACUCAGCAGGCAUUGAGUCCACUGGGACUGAUCCAGUCCCCACCUUUCGAGAUGAUCCUUCGGGUGAUCCUGACCCCUCUUGUCUGUUUCUGGGGAGUUGCAUGGUGUUCUUUGGCUUGUGCCCACUCUUCCUGGGCUGUGCCAUGGCUGCUGAGCGCUGUCUGGGUGUCACAAGGCCUCUGCUGCACGCUCGGCUGGUGACCACAGCAAGGACAAAGAUAGCACUGGCCCUGAUCUGGCUACUGGCUUUAUGUGUGGCCCUUUUGCCCUUCUUCAGUUUGGGUGCCUACACUCACCAACACCCAGGGACAUGGUGCUUCAUUAGGGUGAUGGAGGGCACUAAAGCGACUGAUCUGGCCUUUGUCAUGCUGUUCUCUGGACUGGCUUUGAGCUCUCUGGCCUCGGCCUUUGUGUGUAACACCAUCAGUGGGAUCACGCUAGUUAGAGCAAGGCUAAAGAAGAAGCCCAGCUCCCGACGCAGCUCGGCUAGGUCGCAUGACACUGAGAUGGUGGUCCAGCUGGUUGGCAUCAUGGUCACCUCCUGCAUCUGCUGGAGCCCUCUGCUGAUCUUUGGACUGAUAUCAGCCACACGGUCCUACAGUGGCUCCCUAAACAGUGACAUAGACACUUAUAGGAGCCUGAUGGUGACGGGUGUCAGGAUGGCAACCUGUAACCAGAUCCUGGACCCGUGGGUCUAUAUUCUGCUGCGACGCGCCAUCCUCAGGAAGAUCUACCGCAUCACUAGAAGGCAGGCCAGUUUCAAGGGAAGCAAGUUCUUUUCCGUCCGCUGGGAUGUCAGCUCCUUUCAGAACUCAGAGAAGAGCAGUGCUAAUAAGAUUUAAGGGACUUAUAGAGGAAGAUAGAAAAACUGGCAUCUAUCAGUCUUCAAGGGAUUCUCUGUCACUUGACAGCGGGAUCAGCACUGAACCCAGGAGCCAAACAUCUGGAUCAGACUUCAGUGUUAAAAGGUCCCAAAUGAAAAUACAUUACUCUCUUGGCUGGUGGGAAAGAGAGUCACCUUGGUUUGUGUGUAUGAAUUAUUAUGUGAUGGGAUCCCAAGUGGUUAAGAAUUGUUUAAAAUAUAAUUGACUGGCUGAUGAUAACCUCUUAGGUUGUUGUAUGUAUGAGCCAGUGUUACACCAGAAAGGGAAAAAUCCCCAGCUCAUUAUAAACUGCUAAUAGUGUAUGCAAUAUGGCCUGUAUGCAGGACACGUUUGCAAUGUAGUCUGUCCUCUGUGAGAGCAGACGUACUGUAAAUUUUAAAAUAUAUAUUUUGUUGGUUGGAGUAUAAUAUGUUAACUUUUGCUGAAGAGAAGACUGUAUCUAGUCUUGAAGCAAACAUCUCACCACAAAAGUUUUGUCUGUAAACGUUAUAUUCGUUUUGUUCUCUGACAUAAUGUAAAAGUCAAUGACUUGUGUAAAUGCUCACACAAGAGAGCAAAAGAAAAGGCUGUGCUUUUACCUCAGCUUGAAGAUGUGAAAAAUAUCCCGCGUGUGUCCAAUGUAGUGCUGUGACAUGAAUGUGAAUGUGUGUCUUUAUUGCGUGUCUGUGAAUAUAUCUACAGUAUUUUCCCCGAGUGUAUGGGGACUGAAGUGAAGCUAUCUGUUGCAAAAAGCUAAAUGAAUGUGAUAUUGUCAAGAAAAGGGAAUGUAAAAUGACAUAAUAAAUGGUUGCCUGUUAA